UUAGAGCUAGAAUGGAUUUCAACGGCUUAGUGCUGGGCCGCAGUAAUCCGUUCAGCAUUGAUUCUCUCAUGUCCGAACAUACAAGCGAAUACAUGCCGCAGCUGAUGUCCGUCGGGCAACGGACAAUGGGUGCCUUAGACUGCUGCUAUGAUUGGGCACCUGUGGGGACUAACUGUUUUUCUGGCAACACGAUGAAAGACAUGGAAGCGUGCCUUCUUUCAGCAGCGAAAGAACGGCCAAGUCUCGUCGACACGUACCGUAGCACAUACGGUUCAUACCUAGGGGACUGCGACGGUAAAGACGGCGAGGAUUUGGUUGGCAAAGGCCCCCAGUCUUCACCGGGAUUGGAGGGGUCUGAAGGAGACUGUGCAUCGGAUGUGAAGAAGCCCCUUCACCCGAAAUUAGUGAAUGUUAACGCAACCCUGGAAACGAAAUCACUGUGGGAUGAGUUCAAUGAAUUGGGCACGGAAAUGAUAGUCACCAAAGCUGGAAGGCGGAUGUUCCCCACUUUCCAGGUUAAAAUCUAUGGUAUGGAACCUCUUGCAGAGUACAUUCUCAUGAUGGACUUCGUGCCUGUUGAUGACAAGAGGUAUCGCUAUGCUUUCCACAGUUCCAGUUGGGUGGUGGCUGGGAAAGCAGAUCCCAACAUGCCACCCCGCAUGCAUCUGCAUCCAGAUUCUCCAGCUAAAGGUGGACAAUGGAUGAAGCAGGUGGUAUCUUUCGAUAAAUUAAAGCUCACCAAUAACCAAAUGGAUGAUAACGGACACAUCAUCCUGAAUUCUAUGCAUCGGUACCAGCCUAGGUUUCACGUAGUCUACGUCAAUCCUAAAGGAGAAGACGCCAGUCAAACAGAGAACUUCAAGACCUUCAUUUUUCCUGAGACAAAGUUCACUGCAGUCACGGCUUAUCAGAAUCAUAGGAUAACGCAAUUAAAAAUUGCUAGUAAUCCAUUCGCUAAAGGUUUCCGUGAUUGUGACCCAGAAGACUGGUCUUUACCUCCAAGUGUUGUAGAGAUGUUAGCUCAUGUACCCCCUUCUCAAAGAGCAAGAAAUCAACACAGACCGAGUUCUCUACAGUUACUUAGCGUCAGUCAAACGCCAACGUAUGGGAAAGUAGAAAAAGAGGAGGAAGUUGAUCAACUUUCGGGAUCCAUCUUCCCCCGUGUGCUAAGCAAUAACAUUCACAGUCAGCAAUCCUGCACUAUUUCCCAACCAUAUCAUGCAGAUGUGUGCACAUAUGCACCAACGUAUGAUAACUACCUCUAUCAAAUGAAAUCUCGUGCCACACCAUACUCCAGACCACCCCUCACUCCUUAUGCUGGGUAUGGAGGAACACAAGGCUAUAGCCCACUUUAUUCAAGUGCACGACCAAAGCAGAAUGCUCAUGAAUACAGUCCCAGGUGAAAAAGCAUCCUUUGUUGAUGGAAGAGAGAAUACUGCUCAUGAACUAUAGUGAGAUAUAUGAUUUGCAAUGUGCAAUAUGAACAUAUUGUUUCCUUUAAUAUUGUAUACAUAUCUGCCAGAACUUCAAUUUUGUACAGUUUGCUUUCUAUUUGUAUGUUAUUUCAAUAAAAAAUAUAUAUUAUUAGUUCCACA